GACAGGCCAAAACACUGAGAGAUAUCAGGUAUUAAUGUAACUGGAGUGAAUAAGGGAACCUUCUUCCAGAGCACAGACAUUGAAACCUGUUAUCAGCAUGAACUCAUAUGUGUUAGACAAACACGUCAAUAGUUCAUAUCUAUCCUUCACUACAGGAAGCAUCAGAAUGAUACCGCAAACUCCAAUAGCCUUAGACAGCAAUGACUAUUCACAAACAUUGGGGAUAUCACAGCAGAUAUUUAGAGAAGAUGGUGAAUUGGCAGGAACUGGGAAGCAAUCAUUAUGUACAGAGAGUAAUUUAGUCAUCAAACAAGAGGACAGCAUUUAUGCCUUAUCUAGUGAAAUUAUUACCCCAGAGGAUAAACCACACACAUUUACUGAGUUUUCAAAACAUAUUAAAGAAGGGAAAAGUCUACAGUCUAGCCAAAUGAUUCAUACAAAGGAGAGACCUUUCAAAUCUACAGAAUGUGAGAAACGCUUUAGAUGGAAGUCUAAUCUACUAGAACACCAAAAAAUUCACACAGGUGAGAAACCACACACAUGUACUGAGUGCGCCAAAUGUUUUACACAAAUGGAUCAUCUAAAAACUCAUAAAAAGAUUCACACAGGAGAAAAGCCGUUCACAUGUACAGAGUGUGGAAAAUGUUUUGCAGAAAAGAGACAUCUGAAAAGUCAUGAAAGGAUUCACACAGGGGAAAAACCUUUCACAUGUACAGAGUGUGGAAAAUGUUUCACACAAAUGAGUAGUCUGAAAACUCAUGAAAUGAGUCACACAGGAGAAAAGCCUUUCACAUGUACAGAGUGUGGAAAAUGUUUUACACAAAUGAGUAGUCUGAAAACUCAUGAAAUGAUUCACACAGGAGAAAAACCUUUCACAUGUACAGAGUGUGGAAACAGUUUUACACAAAAGAGUGAUCUGAAAAUUCAUGAAAGGAUUCACACAGGGGAAAAGCCGUUCCCAUGUACAGAGUGUGGAAAAACUUUUACAAGAAUGAAUUAUCUAAAAACUCAUAUAAGGAUUCACACAGGAGAAAAUCCUUUCACAUGUACAGAGUGUGGAAAAUGUUUUACAGAAAAGAGUAGUCUGAAAACUCAUGAAAGGAUUCACACAGGAGAAAAGCCUUUCACAUGUACAGAGUGUGGAAAAUGUUUUGCAGAAAAGAGUAGUCUGAAAAGUCAUGAAAGGAGUCACACAGGAGAAAAGCCUUUUACAUGUGCAGAGUGUGGAAAAUGUUUUACAGAAAAGAGUAGUCUGAAAAGUCAUAAAAGGAUUCACACAGGAGAAAAGCCGUUCAUAUGUACCGAGUGUGGGAAAUACUUUUCCUUGGAUUCUAAUCUACUAGAACACCAAAAAAUUCACACAGGUGAGAAACCACACACAUGCACUGAGUGCGGCAAAUGUUUUACACAAAUGGAUCAUCUAAAAACUCAUAAAAAGAUUCACACAGGAGAAAAGCCGUUCACAUGUACAGAGUGUGGAAAAAGUUUUACAAGAAAAAGUCAUUUGAAAACUCAUGAAAGGAUUCACACAGGAGAAAAGCCUUUCACAUGUACAGAGUGUGGAAAAUGUUUUAUAGAAAAGGGUAAUCUGAAAACUCAUGAAAGGAUUCACACAGGAGAAAAGCCUUUCACAUGUACAGAGUGUGGAAAAUGUUUUACAGAAAAGGCUAAUCUGAAAAUUCAUGAAAGGAUUCACACAGGAGAAAAGCCUUUCACAUGUACAGUGUGUGGAAAAAGUUUCACACAAAUAAAUAGUCUGAAAAGUCAUGAAAGGAUUCACACAGGAGAAAAGCCUUUCAUAUGUACACAGUGUGAAAAAAGUUUUUCACAAAUAAAUAGUCUGAAAAGUCAUGAAAGGAUUCACACAGGAGAAAAGCCUUUCAUAUGUACGGAGUGUGGAAAAAGUUUUACAGAAAAGAGUGAUCUGAAAAAGCAUGAAAGGAUUCACACAGGGGAAAAGCAUUUCACAUGUACAGAGUGUGGAAAAAGUUUUACAAGAAAAAGUCAUUUGAAAAGGCAUGAAAGGAUUCACACAGGGGAAAAGCAUUUCACGUGUACAGAGUGUGGAAAAAGUUUUACAAGAAAAAGUAAUUUGAAAAGUCAUGAAAGGAUUCACACAGGAGAAAAGCCUUUCACAUGUACAGAGUGUGGAAACAGUUUUACACAAAAGUAUGAUCUUAAAAAGCAUGAAAGGAUUCACACAGGGGAAAAGCCAUUCACAUGUACAGAGUGUGGAAAAAGUUUUACAAGAAAAAGUCAUUUGAAAACUCAUGAAAGGAUUCACACAGGAGAAAAGCCUUUCACAUGUACAGAGUGUGGAAAACAUUUUACAAAUAAGAGUCAUUUGAAAACCCAUGAAAGGAUUCACACAGGAGAAAAGCCUUUCACAUGUACAGAGUGUGAAAAAAGUUUUUCACAAAUAAAUAGUCUGAAAAGUCAUGAAAGGAUUCACACAGGAGAAAAGCCUUUCAUAUGUACAGAGUGUGGAAAAAGUUUUACAGAAAAGAGUGAUCUGAAAAAGCAUGAAAGGAUUCACACAGGGGAAAAGCCUUUCACAUGUACAGAGUGUGGAAAAAGUUUUACAAGAAAAAGUCAAUUGAAAAGUCAUGAAAGGAUUCACACAGGGGAAAACUAUCUUGCCCUUUAG